GGGUCUCCGGUGACGAUGGGGGACCCCAGCAAGCAGGACAUCCUGACCAUCUUCAAGCGCCUCCGCUCGGUGCCCACUAACAAGGUGUGCUUUGAUUGUGGUGCCAAAAACCCCAGCUGGGCAAGCAUAACCUAUGGGGUAUUUCUCUGCAUCGACUGCUCAGGCUCACACCGGUCACUUGGUGUUCACUUGAGUUUCAUUCGGUCUACAGAGUUGGAUUCCAACUGGUCUUGGUUUCAGCUGCGUUGCAUGCAAGUUGGAGGAAAUGCCAAUGCUUCUUCCUUUUUCCAUCAACACGGGUGUGCCACCAACGACGCCAAUGCCAAGUACAACAGCCGCGCAGCACAGCUCUACAGGGAGAGGGUCAAGUCGCUGGCCUCCCAAGCCACGCGGAAGCACGGCAGCGAUCUGUGGCUUGACAGCUGUGUGGCUCCACCUUCGUCCCCUCCACCAAAGGAGGAAGACUUUUUUGCCUCUCAAGUCUCUCCUGAGGUGAGCGGCACAGCACGGCCAUCAACACAGCCAGAACCAGCUCCCUUAGCACCAUGGGCCACGGAAGCCACUCCAGAAAACAAGGAAGGUGGACCAGAGCAAGGACCCAGUGUGGAAGGUCUAAAUGCCCCAGCGAAGGCUGCUUUAGAGGUUUCCUCUAUCAUAAAAAAGAAGCCAAACCAAGCUAAAAGAGGACUUGGAGCCAAAAAAGGAAGCUUGGGAGCCCAGAAGCUGGCAAAUACGUGUUUCACUGAAAUCGAAAAGCAAGCGCAAGCAGCGGACAAAAUGAAGGAGCAGGAGGACCUGGGCAGGGUGGCACCCAAGGAAGAGUCCAUUGUGUCAUCUUUACGGUUAGCCUAUAAGGAUCUUGAAAUUCAAAUGCAGAAAGAUGAAAAGAUGAACCUGAGUGGGAAGAAAAAAGCCGAAGCAGAGAGACUGGGCAUGGGGUUUGGAAAUUGCAGGAGUGGGAUUUCGCAUUCGGUGACUUCAGAUAUGCAGACCAUAGAGCAGGAGUCUCCCACGCUGGCAAAACCGAGAAAAAAGUAUCACGAGGACAGCGAUGAUUCUUAUUUUACUUCCAGCUCAAGGUUCUUUGAUGACCCCAUGGAGUUAAGAGGCAGUUCCUUGUCUAGCUGGGAUGACGCUGCAGAUUCCUACUGGAAGAAAGAGAGCAGCAGAGACACCGAGAUGGCCAUGAAAAGCGCGGCCUCCUCAGACAGACCUACUACUCGUCGCAAGCCUGACUUUGAGCCCAUUGAGAACACAGAUGAGGCCCAGAAGAAGUUUGGUAACGUCAAGGCCAUUUCGUCAGACAUGUACUUUGGAAGACAAGCCCAGGCUGAUUACGAGAGCAGGGCUCGGCUGGAGCGGCUGUCGGCCAGUUCCUCCAUCAGCUCUGCCGACCUGUUUGAUGAGCAGAGGAAGCAGACGGCAGGAAACUACAACCUCUCCAGUGUGCUGCCCAGUGCCCCGGACAUGGCGCAGUUCAAGCAGGGCGUGAGGUCCGUGGCCGGAAAGCUCUCUGUGUUUGCCAACGGGGUGAUGACUUCCAUCCAGGAUCGCUACGGCUCCUGAUCCUGACCGCAGGCUGCGCAUCUCCUGGAGGAAUCCUCUUCUCAUGGGCCAGCGACCGCGUCACGGGCCGCGACGGAGACCAGGCACCCCCGUUUUCAGGAUUGUUUUGCUACUUUUUCACAUGGCAUAUGUACACUUCUGAUUUUUAAUAUUUCUUUUUGAAAAAUUCCUAUUUUUGACGUAGUAGAGGAGCCUUCGUGGCCCUUCCACUCUCCACUGUCCUGCGCACGCCCUUCUCUUGGCGCAGCCCAGCCUCCUGGCCUGAUUUCCCAGGAAUCUUCAGCUCCAGCAGUGGCUGCAGCCCCGCCCUCCUCCCUGGCCAGCCUGCCUGGGGAGCAGGGCGGCUCCGGCCCUGUGCUGUCACGACCCAAUUGGCCUGGAGAAACAGUCUCAGCACACAUCUCGUAAGGAGGGAGCAGAGAGUAAAACAGACCAAAAAUGACUGGCGUCUGACUCAGCAGAUGGCUUCGUUUGUGUGUCCGCAUGCCGAGGUGAUUUCCAAAUAAUGUCCCUCUGUAAAUCGCUUGCUAUGCUCUGUAAGUUAAAAUACUGUCCAGGAGUGCUUUCAACAAGCCUGGGCUUCCACACGCCGGCCCGGGAACUACAUCUGCCCUUUGACAGGGCGUGGCCCGUGUUGCUCUUUGAACUUCUGAACUGACAGCCCAGCGCUGCCAGGGGUUCCGACUGACCAGUGUGGGCGCUAAGGCUGAGCAGGGCGGAGGGCGGCUCCCAGGUGGCUGCGUGGCAGGACAGUCGUGUCACGGAAGAGUUCUGUUAUUAUUUUUGUCUUAAUCUUGGUUUUCAAAAGUCAUAGAACGUGUGUGAAUCAGUAAAGGAAUGACCUGCCGUGCUCCCGACGGCUCAGGGUUUGUCAUUCAGCGCCAUGGAAUAUGUGUGAAAUUCGAUGAACCAAAAAUGUGAUUUCAAAUGAAUAUUUUGUGAAUCUUUCUUAAAAGCUCAGAUUUGUAGACUCCUAAAUAAAUAAACAGCCGCAGCAGAUUG